GCGCCUGCUGGAGCAACGGGGCGAUUACCAAACAAACGUCAACGCAAAGGUGGACGCUGCUCUACGUGAAUUCGGUCUUGCUGGUGCCGUGGAUGGGGCCACGAGGGAAGAAGGGAUGGUCCGCAGCGUGUUUGCUGUCAUUCAUGUCAAGGGUGUCGACGACGCCGGCCACGACAGGAGUCUUGAGAAGAAACUAAUGAUGCUUCAGCGAUGUGGGGAGGCCCUCCAGAGGCUGUGGACAGCUCUUCCAGACGGCAGCACGGUGGCAAUACUCUCGGAUCAUUCCACACCCGUUUCGAUCGGUGAUCACAGCUGCGAGCCGGUUCCUGUAUCCGUGGCGACGAAGGGGUGCGGUUUUCAUGAUGAUGUGGAACAUUAUAGCGAGGUGGAGUGUGGCUAUGGGGCACUUGGACGGUUUCGUGGUGAGGAGCUGCUCGGCAUUGUGAAGCGUGCCCAUUACUGGUACCACUACCGUGCACCGCGCGAGAGUUCAUUGACGUCAGAGGGGUAA